AAAAUUAUAAAGCGUUUUUACAAAUAUAUACAUAUAUACAUAUACAUAUAAACAAUUCAUAACAGUCUGACGUGUGAUCUUCUGUAGCUAUCAAAAAAAAAGUUAUAUUAAGCAUAAAAGAAAUAAAUCAAGAUACAGUCUCUUUUCUUUUCUAAUAUAUUCAUAUACAUAUACGUUUUUAAUCAUGAAUACUAAUCAACUGAAUUAUAAAACGCCUAAACCUGGUAAAAAUCAGAGCUUUGUCAGUGAUAUUAAGCUUCCUGUGAACGCGUCUUGCAGGCUUUCCACUCCUUCUGAAUCUUCUAUUGAAAAAUAUCCUUCAGCUGAUAUGGAACGCUCUUGUGAACUUCUUACUGCUGCAUUUAGUCAAGCUAGUCUCGAUAAUACACCUUUAGAUCUACACUACUCCUCUUCUGAUCAAGAUGAGUAUGAUACAAAUGAUGAAGACGAAUAUACCCACCCAUCCCCAGAGACAAUUCUUUUCUUUGAGAUCCUACAAGACUUUCCUGAUCUUUCUACUUUUAUAUCCCAUCCUGAUUUCUGGUCCUUUGCUCAAAUUUGGCUAGAAUUGCAACGUAAAGCACAAUUAGCAAGAAUCCCAGAAAACAGAACUAUUAUACAAACUUGGUUUCAAACAGUAACUCUUCAAAUUCACUUCUUUAUGGUAACGCUUGUAAAGUCAAAUCCUGGUAAACCUGAUAAGAACUCCUUAUCCUUUCGUAUGUUCUCUGCAUUUAGACGCUUAAAGGAUCGCAUAGAAAUUCUUCAUCAGGUAUUUCAAAUAGUUGAGAAUGGUCGUGUUCUUUUUAAUCAAACUCCUACUGAAGCAAUUGCUCCUUUGCUUAGAGCUGCAGAGGAUAUUCAGUCUAACUUGAACUACUUUUCACAAAAUCCUCAAGUUAUUCCAGUAAUUGAUCAACAUACUAAUUGUGUUGAUUUAAAAUCUUCAGAAGAUGUAUCUAUGGAAGAAUUAUCCAAUCAAGUCAUGAAUACAUAUAACAUAGUAUCUUAUCAACACAAUACAAUCCAUACUAUUCUAAACAACGAAGGACAACAACAACAGCAACAGCAACAACAACAACAACAACAACAACAACAACAACAACAAACAGUCACUCUUGUAUCGUCUUUAGAGGAUUUAGCAAGUUUACAACCUGCUUCUCAGUCCUCACUGGAGACUUUUUCUGAACCUUUGAACACACCUGAUGAUGUGGUCCCCCUUAUUGAUCAGGUCUUCCCAUCUCCUUUAUUAGAUACAUCUCUACCGAACCAUGUAUUUCCUGCAGAAUAUUUUCACAUUCGUCCUUCUUGGCUUUAUAACUCUUCUGAAGCAUAUAGCUUUUCAUUGCCUGUUACACCUGCAAUUGGACAUAUUCAACAACAUUUUUUAUCCUUGCCAGUUACUCCCUUAUGUAUUGAAGCAGAAGAAGAAGAAGACGAUGACGACGACGAUGAAAUUAUUACUGCCGAUAUCAUGUAUACUCCUUGCAAUACAAUUCAAGAUAUAUCUCCAGAUGAUAUCCAGACACAAAUGACUUCACCCUAUAAUACUACAAAUGAAGAUAUUUCAGAUUAUGAAUUAGAUGAAUCGGAUUCAUUUGAAGACAUAACUACCAAAGAUGAUGAAGACUAUGUAGAGCCUGGGGAAGAUUAUAUUGAAGACAACAUUCCAUUCAUACCUAAAAGAAGAUCGAAGCGCACUCAGACUUCAAAGAAAAAGCAACAACAACAGCAACAGCAACAACAACAACAACAACAGAUAUUCGAAUAUGAACCUCCAAUAAAUACCAUAUCUACAAGUACUUCUGUAGUGACUACUCCCUCUACUUCAACAAGUUCUACACGUACUACAAAUGUACGUAAACGAAAACCAUCAACUCAUUCCAAAGCUGCUGGAAAGCAAACCACAUUUAGACAAUAUACACGCCGUACAGCGACAUCAUAUGAUGCUCAAACAACACAUUAUCUCAAGUCAGUAUUUUUUGAUAUCUACAGUAGUCGUGACAAAUUAACAAAAGAACAAAGAAGACAAGUACAGAAAGAAACAGGCCUUAAACCUCGAAAUAUUACUUACUGGUUUAGUAAUCAUAAACGUCGUUUUCAGACUUCUCUUUCUGUGUUUAAAAAAGUUGUAGAGGAAAGUGAAGGGAAAGUCAAGACGUAUGACGACUUUUUGGUUUGGAGACGUGAACGAGGUCUGCCUGAAGAUGUCUUGGAAGAGGAACUUUUAAACGAAAAGUUAGAUUAAUCUUUUUUUUUUUCUGUUGUUAACAUUACCCUUUCU